AUGAAACUCUCAACUCCAACUACAUCUUGUUCAAAUGUAUCUCCAUCAACUUCUUCCAACACACCAAUGUGUAGCUCCAAAAGCACCACUACAGGUUGUCUCACAGCCAUCAUGCACAAGAUUCUCUGUUCUGGAAAUCUUCCAAAAGAACAAUCGAAUCAAGUUACAGAGUUUGAUUCAACAUACUCUGUUCUGAGUGGAAAAGAUCAAAACUUUGAUACUGCUGAGGAGAAUUCUAUGGCCACUCCUCCUCCUCCAUUAGUGGCAAGGCUAAUGGGUUUGGAGUCAAUGGGAGAUAUACAGAUACCUUUUGAGUUGAAACCGGGAUCACUUUCGCGUAGCAAAUCGAUGAACUCUAUGGAUUAUUUGGAAGAAAGCAAUGGAAAAAUUCAGAGUCUGAAUCAUAAGAGGGUUAAUUCAACACUGUCAUUUAGAGAACCCCCGACUUUUCGAUUAAGCGAAAAUGAUAACUUUUUUGUGCUUAGCUUUGAAAAUGAAGGUGAGAAUGCUAAAUCAUUGAAAUCCAAUGGGAGAAAAAAGCAAACGGGUUGUUCGGAAUCGAAGCAGAAAGUGGCAGCAACAGAGAGAAUUGAACUGAUGGAGAAGAAGAAGGAGAAGAAGAACAUGAAGGAAAAUGUUUAUGCUGAGAAGAAUUUGAUUGAGAAAGAGAAAACGGGCAAAAGGGUGUCGAGUGAACUUCAAGAAAUCACGAACACUUUGCGUCAGUUCAAGGCUUUGUCCGAAAAGAAGUGUUUUGAUUCAUCAGAAGUUGAACUGUUGAAGCAGAAGAACUAUAACGAAGCCGUGGUUGGUGAAAAGCUGAAGAAGAGGAAGAGGAUUAGGAAGAAGAGAACAAAUUGUUAUGCAGAAAAGAAGAUAGAAACUGAAAGCAUCAAAUCAGAAGAUUCAAGUCCUGUUUCUGUUCUUGAAUUCGACCGCAAAUCUUGUGCAGCAGGUGUAGAUUCUGUUGCAGUUGGUUUGAAUUCGAGAAGAAAGUUGACAGCAGAGCUUGAAAAGGGCAAGCAUAUUCUUAUGCGUUGCGAUGAUAAUUUGAUGAUUGAUGAGAACAAGGAUAAGGAAAUUGAGAAGAACAAAUGUGAAGGAUCAAAGAAGAAGAUGAAGGAGUAUAUAGAGAUUUGGGGGGAAGCAUGCAAGCUAGUUGAAGAUGAAUUGAGUGGUUCAAAGAAUCAAGUUGAUGCAUGGAUGAAAGAACAAUGUGGUCAUUUAGAGUCAGAAAUUUUUGAUCAAAUGUUGAAUGAAGUGGUAAGUGAACUUGUUGGGUAA